GUUGCCGGAAGUUAAUCUCGCCGACAGCAAAAGAGGCGUGGGGUUUGGCGUGUGUAGGACUUUGGCUUCCACAAGAUGUACGGAUUUCUUUAGUUAAGAAAAAAAAGUUCGUUUUAGUAUCUGUGAAUUUAAGCAGUCAUGGGAAAGAAAGGAAAAAAAGAGAAGAAAGGGAAAGGAGCAGAGAAAACCGCUUCAAAAAUGGAGAAGAAAGUGUCGAAAAGGUCCAAACGAGAAGAGGAGGACUUAGAGGCUUUGAUAGCUGAGUUUCAGAACUUGGAUGCAAAGAAAACCCAGGUUGUAGAAACAUCUUGCCCACCUCCAUCACCCAGACUGAACGCCUCAUUCUCCGCCCAUCCUGAGAAAGAAGAACUUAUUCUGUUUGGAGGAGAAUUCUUCAAUGGGAAGAAGACAUUUUUGUACAACGACCUGUUUUUCUACAACAUCAAGAAGAACACCUGGUUAAAAUCUGAGAUUCCCAACCCUCCUCCACCUCGCUGUUCCCACCAGGCUGUGGUUGUUCCUCAGGGUGGAGGUCAGCUCUGGGUGUUUGGAGGAGAGUUCGCCUCCCCAAACGGGGAGCAGUUUUACCACUACAAGGAUCUUUGGGUGUUGCACCUUGCCACACAUACGUGGGAGAACAUCAAAGCAACCGGUGGGCCGUCGGGCCGCAGCGGACACCGGAUGGUCCUCAGCAAGAGGCAGCUGCUGGUGUUUGGAGGUUUCCAUGAGAGCGCCAGGGAUUUCAUCUACUACAACGACGUCUACUCUUUCUCCCUGGACACCUUCACCUGGUCGAGGCUGGCUCCUUCAGGCUCCGCCCCCUGCCCUCGUUCCGCUUGCCAGAUGACCUCCACCCCGGACGGCACGGGUGUCAUCAUCUACGGAGGAUACUCUAAGGCGAGAGUGAAGAAGGACGUGGAGAAGGGCAGCAUCCACUCCGACAUGUUCCUCCUGAGGCGGGAGGGGAAGGACUCUCACGAGAAAUGGGCGUGGUCCAGACUAAACCCCUCUGGUAGUAAGCCCCCCCCUCGCUCCGGCUUCUCUCUGGCUGCAGGUCCAGCGGGGCGGGCGGUGCUGUUUGGGGGAGUUUGUGAUGAAGAGGAGGAUGAGACUCUGGAGGGAGACUUCUAUAACGAUUUGUACCUGUUUGACUCUGUAAAGAACCGCUGGUUCCCUGGUGUACUUAGGGGAAACAAGACAGAGAAGAAAAAACGACGGAGGGGAAAGAAGGCUGGUGUGGAGGAGGAGGGCGGGGCAACAGACGAGGAGGUGGGACCUCAGGUACCCACUGAGAUUGUCAAGGAGAUCGUCACUGAGGAUGGCACGGUGAUGACCAUCAAGGAAGUGAUUUCUGUUCCUCAAGACGUCAAGGAAGAAGAAGAAGAGGAGGAAGAAGAGGAUGAUGCAGCUUCGGCCUCAGGGCCCCUUGUGGAGCCUUGUCCCAGAUCCAGCGCCAUGGCAACAGUGCGUCAGGGAAAACUGUAUCUGUAUGGAGGGAUGUUUGAGGUGGGAGACCGCCAGUUCACACUGGGAGACUUCUACUGCCUGGACCUCCACAAGAUGGACCAGUGGGAGGUUCUAGUAGAAAUGGAUCCAAAAACACAGGAGUGGCUGGAGGAGUCUGAGUCAGAGGGUGAAGAGGAUGAAGAGGAGGAAGGAGCAGAAGGAGAGGAGGAGGCUGAAGAGGAGAGCGAGGAUGAAGAAGAUGAAGAGGAGGAGCACCCGUCUGUGCAGGAGGGGGAGACGGUGACGGACUACCAGAUCCGCACAGAGCAGUACUGGAUAGGAAUCGCACGGAGCAACAUGGGCCCCGACGCCAAGGAUAAGAAAGUUGCCAAAGUUGCCCUCGCCAUGGCCAAAGUUUUUUAUGAAGACCAGUAGAGGGACACAAAAGAAAUUCCUUUUUAUUGAAGAUCCUUUUUUCUGAAGCUUCAUUAAGACUUUCAAAGAAUUGACGCAGCAAACCGUUCUGCCAGAAAUUCUAUUAAACUUUAAAACACAGCUCUGUGAUCCGCUUGAUGUAACUGUAUUAUUUUUAAAAGUUUCUCAAUGAUUUUCAACUUUAAAAAAUAUCUUCCAGGGUCUGAUUAUUUUUAACGACAUCAAAGAAAGAUUUUAUUUUUAGUGUUUAAAAAAAUAAAACCACCCCUCUCUAGGGUGAUGCUUUUUAACUUUGGGCCAGAUUUGGUCACCUCAAUAUUCAAACAUAUCCCAUUCUUGUCUCCAGCCUAUUGUCUAGAUCUCUUCCUGUUUAUGUUUGACAGAUCUUUGACCUCAGCCACAGGAUCAUCUGCUUUCCCUCCUGAUGUUCUACCUUUCACACAAGCCUCUGGUUACAUUUUUAGAAGAUGUUUCAGAUUUAACAUAUCUUGGAUGUCCUUUAAAUUCUUGGUCUUAUAAACUAGGAUUUUGAUUUGUUAAGAAGUCUGGAACAAAAAAAACCCAAAUUGAGCCUCUGGAUCAGUUUCUGUAGCUCCAUCUGUAAUCCUGUUUUUUUUAAAUGAGGCGCCACAAGUGAGAGACUGCACUAAGCAAAGCCGCUGUAUCACACGCUCUUUAGCCACUGGGAUUAAUAGAAUAAAAGAAACACUUUCAUAAUGCUGGAUUUCAAAUAAGUGCCUAAACCCCUGUUGGUUCUCCAGUAACCACAUGGUGGCUCAGCCCCCCUCUUACUGCAACAUCAGAACAGAAAAAGCUUUAUUUAAAAAAACAUGAUUCUCCUCUGUACUUAAAUUCAAUAUGGAAUAAAACUGGACUGAAGGUA